AAAGCAGAUGGCUUCAAGCGUCUGAAGCAGUUAGAGGAAGUCACGGGAAGAGACUGAAAGCUUCCACCGCAUCUCUUCAAUAUUUUCACGGUUUUGGAUCAUUUAUAUUUUGUAGAAGAUGGGGGCCUGUAUGGCGUUGUGCUCUAUUGCGAGCUGUGCCUCAUGUUUGUGUGGCUCCGCUCCGUGUCUGCUGUGUGGCUGCUGUCCCUCUUCCAACAACUCCACUGUCACCCGGCUGGUCUUCUCUUUCUUCCUCCUGCUGGGAACAAUGGUGUCUGUGAUAAUGAUCUUACCUGGCAUGGAGGCACAGCUUAGCAAGAUUCCUGGCUUUUGUCAAGGAGGAACCACGAUACCAGGAAUACAGAACCAGGUUAACUGCGAUGUUAUUGUGGGAUACAAAUCAGUCUACCGCAUGUGCUUUGCUAUGGCUUGCUUCUUCUUCCUGUUCUCUGCUAUUAUGAUCCGCGUACGGAGCAGCAAAGACCCUCGUGCUGCCAUUCAAAACGGGUUUUGGUUCUUCAAGUUUCUGAUCCUUGUUGGUAUCACAGUCGGAGCCUUUUUCAUCCCAGAUGGAACAUUUCACAAUGUUUGGUUCUACUUUGGUAUUGUGGGCUCCUUCAUUUUCAUCCUGAUCCAGCUCAUCCUUCUGAUUGACUUUGCCCACUCCUGGAACGAAGUGUGGGUGAGGAAUGCCGAGGAGGGCAAUACAAAGUGUUGGUUCUCAGGUCUGUUGUUCUUCACUAUCCUACAUUACGCCCUGGCGUUUACGGCUAUCGUCCUGUUUUAUGUGUACUACACGAAACCCGACAACUGCACUGAACACAAGUUCUUCAUCAGCUUCAACCUUAUUCUCUGCUUCAUCGUUUCUGUGGUUUCUAUUCUGCCCAAAGUGCAGGAUGCUGCACCUCAGUCUGGUCUGCUUCAGUCAUCUAUUAUUACUCUGUACACUAUGUACGUCACCUGGUCUGCCAUGACUAACAAUCCUGAUCGAGAAUGUAACCCCAGUCUACUCAGCCUGGUGUCCAAUGUUAGCACAGCCGGGGCCACGCCCACAAGCUCCCCAGGGACAGUGCAGUGGUGGGAUGCUCAAGGCAUUGUGGGAUUGGUCAUCUUCCUAUUUUGCACAUUUUAUGCAAGCAUCCGUUCAUCCAGCAACGCUCAGGUGAACAGGCUGAUGCAGACAGAGGAAGGGAAGGGCUCUGAGGGCUUUGAGGAGGUGGCUGAGGACGGUGUGCGGCGUGCCAUGGACAACGAGGAAGACGCUGUCACAUACAGCUACUCCUUUUUCCACUUCCACCUUUUCCUGGCCUCUCUCUACAUCAUGAUGACUCUCACCAACUGGUACAAACCUGACACCACCACUCAGGCCAUGCAAAGCACAAUGCCUGCUGUGUGGGUGAAGAUCAGCUCCAGCUGGCUAGGUCUGGCCGUCUACCUGUGGACUCUUGUGGCUCCUCUCAUCUUGCCCAAUCGAGAAUUUAGCUAAGCUGGCGUGCCUCUCACCCAUUCAUAACUGUUUUUGUUGAGUAUAUAAAAAAACUCCAAAAACAAUGGAACUAAACUACGAAAGCAAUUCAAUAUCAAAAGUGAUUAACUAACCUCAAGAUCAAAUCUUAAAAAAAUCCUUUACUGUACACUACAUGUUCAUUUUUCUCUUGGUUAUUAAGAUUAUAGGGCUAUUCGGUUAAAAACUGCAUGGUAAACACAUGUAUAUACUGUUGCAAGUAUUUUAAUAGGUGCAAAGAUAAAUUCUGAAAUGUUGUGCUGAAAAUUGCACACUAAAGAUUAUCGGACACCUUCUGGCGCAUGUUCUUAAAGUGAUAGUUCACCCAAAAAGUCAUCAUUUACUCCCUCUCAUGUUAUUACAUACCUAUAUAAAUUAUUUGUUCUGAUGACGGCAGAGAAAGAUAUUUGGAAGAAUGUUAGCCAUUUUCAAUUCUGUGACAUCAUUGACUGCCACAUUGUAUGGUAGUCAAAGGUUCCCCAAAACGGAUAUUCUUCAAAAUAUCUCACUUUGUGUUCAACAGAACAACAAAAUAUACAAUAUUCUAUUGCAGUGGAUGAUGUCACAGAACUGAAAAUUGCAAACAUUCUUACAAAUAUAUUUCUUUGCUUAAACAGAACAAAGAACUGUAUAAAGGUUUGAAACAACCUGACGGAGAGUAAUUGAAAAUAAAAAUAAUUUGUAUUUUUGGGUGAACUAUCCCUCUUAAGUACAAUCCUUUCUGUGUAUGAAUAAUCUUCACAUCGCUGACCUCUGUAUAUGCGUGCUGUGUCCUCUUUCCUAUCUCUUAAUGUAGUGCGAUCAGCAGCCUCCAGCUGACUCUGUGUCCCCACACAUCAUGUAUAAAUGGGCUAAAUGAAUGAAAUGGGUUAGAUCAAUAUGUAGCUUCUACUGUGCUGUCGAUACAGAUUCAUUUAUCCCCACAUGCCUCUUAAGAGUUUGCUUUUAUAUAUAAAGUCAUUAUUGCCUGUUUAAUUUUGAUAAGUUUAUGGUGACGUCACUGCUUUUAUGUUUAAAAGGGGUAAGAUUCUCGAACAAGAAGCCACACAUUUCAGUGCAAUUACACUUAAUAUCUGGUCGACAGACCAUCAUAUAUGCAUGUUACUGCUGCUAGACACCUACACUACCUGAAGAGGAAAUCCUUUAUUUAGCAUUUUAACAUCAGGGUCUUCUUCAAUAUUCUGUAUAAUACACAGUCUCUAUCGUAGACUACAAUUCUAUGAUAUUGCAGACUUUGUUGUGAAGCAGUGUCAGAGGUGGUGAGGGGCUUGUGCAGGGGGAUUUUUUUCCCCCGAGUCCUCUAUAGAGCCCCAUAGAGCUUGUGCAUGCAGAAGAUAAGCCCAAAACGACACACCCUUUUUGUUCAACAAACAGCACUUUUGGUUCACACGGAGUCUCUUACUUCCUUGAACACACAGAUUGUGCUUUAAUAUUGGUCACGUAUCCAAAAUAAUACAAUGAAUAUGGUGGUGUCAGUCCAUCAGAGGCAGAUGUUUUCCUGAUGUGCUUGUCGUUCAGCAAAAUUGGGUGCGAUAGGAGUACCUAAAUAACCUGUGGCUGGAAAAACUUUCUUAAUAUAAUAAUUACACGUAGAUUUAUAGUUUAGGGCUGGAUAGUAUGUGGAUCAUUGAUGUGUUUAAUUUGUAGAUGUCUUUUUAGAAUUAAUAACGCUAAUCUUUCCAUUUGUGACGACCUUUCGGUUUCCUUUUAUUUCUGUUUUAUUAACCAGAAUUUAUUUUUCGUGUAAGCACAUGCUGGAGUCAAAUUUUUUUUCAGUUUUGUGGACCUGGUUUUCAAAUUGUCAAAGUAACAUUUCUGAACGUUUAUAAUUUUUAACCUGUAAAAUUUUGAAAACAUGAAGUUGACACUAUAUAGGUAUUGUAGAUGUUGUAGAUAUGUUAUUGUGCUUGUGACCGCAAAUUGUAACCUUUUCACACCGUAACAGUUUUACACAAGCAUGACAAGUCAUUUGUAAUCUAUUAGUAGAAGCAACAACAUUGUUCAUCCUGUGUAAAAUUCUUCAUGUGCCUUAUUAAAAGUAACCUGGUUUAUUUAGACCUGUGAAAAAGUGCCUUUGCUGUUUUGUAACAUUUCGUUUUCUUCAUACCAUUGACUGGACUACAGUAUGUGUAAGUAAUAUUUCAGCGAUCUGGUGUUCGGUCUGUGCUAAUGCUGUGUAUAUUUCAAUAAACUUGUAUAUUGAAAUGUU